AUGGCCGAAGACGACGCGGAAGCCGUCCGCGCGGCGGCCAGGGAGGCGCUGCUGCUCGACCACGAGGGCCACACCGACGCGGCGCUCGCCCGCGCCCGCGACCUCGUGCUCGCGCACCAGGGCUCGGCGACCGCGCACCGCCUCCUGGGCGAACUGAGAUACGCCGCCGCCAUCCGUGCGGCCCGCGGGAAGGGGAGCGUGGAGGCCAGGAAGGCCGCGGCCGCGGCGCACCUCCGCGUCGCCCGCGACGCGCUCUCCGCGGCCAGGCGGCUCGUCCCCGACUGCGUCGACAUCGCCGCGGCUCUCGGCGACGCGCUCGCGGCCUCGAAGAUGUACGGAGAGGCGGAGAGUGAGUUCCUCCGCGCGCAGCGCAUCCCGCGCCCCGUCGACCCUGCGGAGCACAACGCGGCGUACGGCAUGUACGACGGCUACGAGCACGAGCGCGACCCCGCCUUCGCGAGCGAGAGGGUGGAGGAGGCCAGGGAGAGGGCCCACGCCUCCUACGCCCGAAUGACGGUCCAGGAGCUCCUCCCGAUCGCCGUCGAGCUGGUGCUCGACGUCGGGAGGCGCCUCGGCGCGUCGGAGGCGCGCAGGCAGGCAAAGCGGGUCGCCGAGACCUUCCCCAAACUGGGGCGCGCGCAGUACCUCCACGCGUACAUGAACCUGGAGUUCGUCCGCAGCCUUGACCCGGCCAUCGACAAGAGGGCGUUCCUGCGCCGCACCCUGGUCAUCGCGGAGCGCGCCGCGCAAGCCUUCCCCAACUCGGCCGUGAUCGCCUCCUUCCACGCGAGGCUCCUCUUCAUCCUGGGUGAGUACGACACCGCCGAGAGAGAAUGCCGCCGGGCGCUUCACAUGAAAGAUCCUGAUGACCCUCAACGCGACUGCAUUCCGCCUGGAUCCAUCAGCGGGGAGAACCACGGCGCAAGGUUAAUUUCGCUAGCCUGCGAGUUUCAUGAGCUGCUCAACAAGAUCCUGAUGGCGGCCAGCGACUACUGGGACUCCAUGAGCAGCGAGAGGCAGCGCGACGGCUUCCUACGGGUCAGGUUCGAUGUGCUGCAGGAUGAAUACAGCAAGGUCGAUUUGUCGCAUGCGUUCACCAUGUCCGAUGCGCGGAGCUUUGUCAAGGAGCACAAGUCUUGGAGGUUUUGGGUUUGCCCCAUUUGUCAUGGCAAGAAGUUUCUGGACACUGGUUUGCUAUUGUCACACAUGUGCAGCAAGCAUCCGAGGGCAGUCUUACCGCGGCUGCAGUCAGUUCUGGAUCCAAAGCUCACUGACAAAGCAUUAGAGGCUGAUGAUUCUCUGGAUGGGGUGGCUUUUUGUCAAGAUUCAGACGAGCAAGACAUGAUCAGCUUCGAGAACAGGAGUGAUAUGUUCAAAUGGUUGUUCUAUUUACCUUCAAGUGGAGUAGGAGCAAAGCCAUUUCCUGAGAUACGACAAAAGAAGUGCAAGAAAGGAAAUAUGCUUCUUGAGAGUAUUAAGCAGAAAAUGAAGACUCUGCCUACUGAUAAAUCUAGUGGCGAGUUUGCCGAGGCUCUUCCUGAAAUACAGGAGUUGUGGCACAAUUUUCUCAAAGCUUCUGCAUUGGAUUAUCGCGAAAUCAUCCUGGCGCUUGCAAGAUCAUUCCUAUGGAGAGAGUUAAAGAAAUGCAUGACUGAAGAUCCAGAAGUAGCUGCUAAGUGGAUCAGUGCUGCUGAUAUUGAUGCAAUAUUCGCUAAUGAGGCUGAUGGUUCAGAGACAUCCCAUGCAAACGAGGGUGGUCGGGAAACGGGAGAUGAUAAACAGAUGGGGCUCUAA